AUGUGUCGAAAAUUCACCGGGGCACUGCUCUCAUUUGAUCUACUGAUCCAUCCAUCUCAACUUGCUGAUGAUAUCACCAAAUCACCGACCUACAGAGAGUUCAAGUCUAGUGAAGCAGCAACUCGAUCGUUCUGUUCCAACUGCGGCAGUAGUCUGGCAUGGCGUGUCGAUGGAAUGGAUGACAUGAUGGUCAUCUUCUUAGGCACAAUCGAUGAAGAAUUUCUGAUCGGGAAUAAGAUUGAAGGAAGUGAACAGGAGACCGACUUGGGCAUUAAAUUCGAUCGGCAGGGUGGCUUUUCGAAAGGACUUUGUAAGCCCAACAUGGGCAACCUGUUCUGGAACAAUGCCAUCGCCGGCAUCACGGAUCAUGAUCUGGGAGGAACCAAGUUCUUACAAGCAUUCCCGGAGCAGUAA